AUGCAUGAAGUUAAAUUUAGUUGCUCUGAUAAGGAUCCAGAGCUUAGCCUUCCGUUGCUUCAGAAGAUCAAGACAGUAAACUGCAUUUGGUUAGGUGUGAGGUGUGUCACUUUCAAUGUUCCUCUGCUUGAAACUAUUGACAUAACACAACACACUAACAGUUCUUGGCUAGAAGGGAAUUGUAAGAUCAAGUUUCGUGCGUUGCACUUGAAAGAAUUUUGUUUACGCGACUAUGGUUACCUUUCAAGGUACCUUACCAUGAUAGAUCCAUCAUCUGCUCAGAAUGCUUCUGCUACUCUAAUUUUGCCUCCAUAUGAGAGAGGAGUUUCUUCGACAGUGCAACACGGUGCUCUUGAGCUUCUCAAGCAAUUUAGUCAAGUUAGAUACCUCAAAUUUGGUGGUCCCGAUGUUUUGGCACAAGAAGUGAUUCUUCUACCUGAAUUUGGAAUGCUACGCCAUCUUGAACUUGAUUCAAUUACUGGCGAAUUUUUGUUAGCUUUACUUUUAAAGACUCCAAUUCUCAACACACUAGUUGUCGAGAGACUAAAAUCUGAAUAUUACAAGGCACUUUUGAAAUCUGCUGUUGUGCCUGAUUGUUUGAGACAUACUCUCCAAGUGGUGAAUUUCAGAGAUGUUUGUGGAGAUAAGCAUGAGUUGCGUUUUGCUAAAUUUUUUAUGGAAAAGGGUUCAGUGCUGAAGAGGAUGAGUUUCUCCCUUUCUCAUUUGUUUGUCAAGUCAGAGGCCAUUGAAGAACUUGAACAGAAACUGUCUGGACUCAAGAAAUGUUUGACUUCUACUAUUGUUGAGGUUUUGAAGGAAGAUUAUUACAACUCCUGGUGAUAAUACUUGGUUUAGAUGUUAGGAAGUUCUAUGAGCAAAGCCCACCAAAUUGUUCUAUAAGCAUGGAAUCAUUUCUCAUAUAAAAUAGACUCUAGUUUUUAUGUAAAGGGUGAUGGUAAAAAAUAAUGUACCCACAAAAAAUACCAAAUUUUGUCCAUCAAAAUUAAUCUUUUGGGUGUACUCGAGGUUUUAUUUUUGUCUAUUUACUCAAGAUUUCACGCAUUUGU